ACGACGCGCGCACCACGCAAUGCAUUGUCGGAAAUAAAUGGAGACCGGCGAAAGAUUGCGGUGAGAAAAGCCAGCUUCUUUUAGUGAAUAGUCUCGUCGAAGAAUAUUACGUUCCUCAUCUAGACGUUUAGGAGCAGUAAACUAGCAGAGCAAUGUCCGAUUCCAGUGAUUUGGAUCGGCAAAUUGAACAGCUGAAAAAAUGCGAGAUUAUAAAAGAAGCCGAAGUUAAGGCUCUGUGUGCCAAAGCCAGGGAAAUCCUGAUCGAAGAAAGUAAUGUACAGCGAGUCGACUCACCUGUUACUGUUUGCGGUGAUAUACAUGGUCAAUUUUAUGAUCUGAAAGAAUUGUUCAAAGUGGGUGGCGAUGUUCCUGAAACAAACUACCUUUUCAUGGGUGAUUUUGUUGACAGAGGGUUUUACAGCGUUGAAACAUUCUUGCUUCUUCUUGCUUUAAAAGUUCGCUAUCCGGACAGAAUAACCCUGAUCCGUGGUAAUCACGAAUCGAGACAGAUAACGCAGGUUUAUGGUUUCUAUGAUGAAUGCUUGCGUAAGUAUGGAAGCAUAACAGUGUGGCGAUACUGCACAGAGAUAUUUGAUUACCUGUCCCUUUCUGCAAUAAUCGAUGGGAAGAUAUUCUGUGUUCAUGGUGGUCUGUCGCCCAGUAUUCAAACACUGGACCAAAUUAGAACAAUAGAUAGGAAACAAGAGGUACCACACGACGGUCCAAUGUGUGAUUUACUCUGGUCAGAUCCUGAGGACACGCAAGGAUGGGGCGUUUCUCCUCGAGGCGCUGGAUAUUUGUUUGGCAGCGACGUUGUUGCACAGUUCAACUCUGCUAAUGAUAUAGAUAUGAUUUGUCGAGCCCAUCAAUUAGUCAUGGAAGGGUAUAAGUGGCAUUUUAACGAAACAGUCCUUACAGUUUGGUCAGCACCAAACUAUUGCUACAGAUGUGGUAACGUAGCAGCGAUAUUAGAACUGAAUGAACACCUCCAAAGAGAUUUUACCAUAUUUGAAGCAGCGCCACAAGAGAGUCGAGGGAUUCCCAGCAAGAAGCCUCAAGCCGAUUACUUUCUGUGAGAUUGACUUAUUUGGCAAGCAACGUGUUUCACUGCAGUUAAACAUUGACUCGAAGCCAGCUCGUACUUUUACGUCCGCUGAAAUUGUACUAAUUUCGAACACAUUGGCUUAGUGCGACACGGUGAAAGUUUAAUUGUAUACAGCAUCUCAGUGGGGAAAAAGUAGUCUUAAUUAAUCCAAUGUGAGUAACGUAUUUCCAAGCAGAAUCUUGCAGUUUCUAAUUCGCCAUGUUAUUCCGCAUUGGAUUUCACGGCUUCAAACAAAUCUUGGCAUUUGUUCUAUCAAAUUUUUCCUGUCUGUAAAAGGUUUCUCCAUUUUGUGGGCAAAAUGUCCCUAAAUCUUGCGAAAGGAAACGAUUAAACGUUUGUUGUCGGAUCAAGGAGCCUUAGAGUUUAAGUAAAAAAGUAUUCAAAGAGGAAAACUCGUUCAAAAAAUCUUCAGCAAUGAUAUUUGCGCCAAUGAUGACAAACGCGAAUAAAUCAUCUCUAGUAUGUAAUAGAGAUUAUAAGCAAAUUCGAAUUACAUAAGCUAAAGUCAUAAAUAAUUUGAGAAAGGAUUGUCUCAGUAUAGUGUUCGAAACAAUGUACUGUAUUGUUUUUCAUGGAAUUCUAAUGUGUUUGUGCUCAUUGUGCUUGCUGUCCAGAACCCCACAAAUUGUGUGAAAAACAUUCCAGAAAUUUCACAUUCUAGUAUAGUUAUAAUGCACAAAUGUAAUUGUUGACGAACAUAUGUUAUACCGUAUUCAUAUAAAACUAUUUUUAUUCACUGUGAGGAUAACUUAUAGUAACAUUUUUUCCAGACAACCUAGAAAUCUCUAUGAUGAAAAAAUAAGCCCAAAAACAUGAGAAUCGGAUUAAAAGCAACUCAGUUUAAUCUCUUUCGACAUUCCUAUUACAAAAUCUUAUCUUGAAUUUUUGAUAUUUUAGAUUGUGUUAUUCGGAUUUGCUCAUAUUGAUUUCCAUGAUAUAGGUAUUAAUAGUGUUUCAAGUUCACAAUCAUUGGUGCAACUAACGUUGCCGGAUUUUUUUGAAUGUUUUCAUCUCUGCCAAUAUUUAAUGCAGCCUCUAUAGCUCAUUUAUCUGCAAAAGCACACCAUCUGCUUGUGAAGCUGUGGUGAGUUUACGAUUUACAGCGAGGAAUGGUUUUGACUUAAAAUCUAUGAUGAUUCAAUGUCCAUUGUUCUAGGACUUAGUAUUGGAUAAUAAAUGUAUCAUAUUAAGAAUGUCUGAUGUGAAAAUAUAUUGAUUGUGAACCCGAUCAGACAGGAUCAUGGUGUAUCUAAAUUUGAAGCAUUUAAAUGGAAUGUUAAUGUGAUUUUAAACUUUCAUUCUCCGCAUUACACCCAAUUUAUGUAAUCGGUCAGAAAGUUUGUACAAAUCCAAUAUAUUCCGGAAGAUUUAUUCAAAUGGGUCAUUUUAAAAUUGCGUUACAUACAUACAUACAUACCGUUUAUCGAAUAACAGUUGUUGUGAGAUCAAUGAACCAAACUUGAAAGUCUGUCUAGUGAUAAAAUUGAUUGCAAUGUCAAUUCCCCAGUCACAUGUCAACUAAUAUCUCUGUUCAAUAUUGAAUUUAUCCGUCAUUGUAAUAAUACGCCUACCACUUCAUUUAAUAAACAGUAAAAGUAAUUAUCAGUUUUUACAUACUGUUAAAGGGUAUAUUAUUAUACUGAUGCUUGCUAGAGCCUGAUUUUUAAUUCGUAAAAUAGAGCUAAUUGUGUUCUAGGUAGUAACUAUUUUUUACUGACUAUUGUAGACUUAUUUUAAACUAGUUUGUAGGUAACAGUGGUACAAUAAAAUUAAGGAAUAAUUUUUACAAUUA